GUAUUUCCAACUAAUAUAACAAAAAAUUGGAAACCAUAUCAUAUAGUGAAUAUUAACAAACAAAAACCUAUUGAUGUUAGAAAUGGCAGCCAAACUCCACAUCUCUUCUUCCUUUAGCCACAAGGCCAAUGAUUCGCCAACUUCAUCAUCUUCCUCAUAUUCAUCGUUUCUUGCUCUGCCUCAAUUCCUCUGUACACCGUUUUCAUCAGGCUUUGCACAGUUCAAGCUUCACGCCAAAUUAGGUGGAGGAGAUGGAGAAGUGAAACCUAAAGAAAAGAAGAAGUUCAUAACCAAAGAGGAAGAACCAGAACAGUAUUGGCAAAGCACUGGCGAAAGAGAAGGGGAGAACCCGAUGAAGACUCCUCUCCCUUACAUAAUCAUUUUUGACGCAGCUUGGAAGAAGGAGAACAACAUGGCAGCCUUCGGUUGCAUAUUCACCAAUAGACAGGGCCGUAUACACUAUCAAACGACUCAAGCAGAGAGGAACGUUCCUUCACCGCGGGUGGCGGAAGCUCUAGCACUACGGUGGGUACUCAUAGCAGCCCUUUUACAGGGUUUCUCUAGAAUCUGUUUCAACACAGAUUGUCGAUUGCUCUUAGCAGCACUCACCUCGAAAGCUCCUUCGGCUGAUCUCCACGGGAUCGUCCAAGACAUCAAUCAUUUUGUAAUGACCCAACCCCAACUCCAAAGGCCAAAGAAUUUGAGCUGCCUGAGAUCGUCGCCGAAGCUACCUCACCCACGGAACGUGCCAGCCUCGCCACCACCGAUAACCGCCCAAGGUGAGACCGACGAGCAGGAGUGAUUAUCAGACUGGUGCUAUUGGGCUUUUCGGCUUUUACUACUAUCGAGCUUUGGAUUUCUAUCACUUUUAUCGUUUUAUCGCUUUU